AUGUUGCCAUUGAGUCAACCUCACUUCACAGGGGCACUCCUGCUGGUGGUGAUGUCAAACUUGCUUCUGUGGGAAAAAACUGCAUCAGUUCCUGCAUGUAUCAAAAUAGACGGGGAGUGCUGGGAUCCCAUUGUGGACACAUUUAACGGUGCCCUGGAUAAAGCUGAAGUCAUUCGUAUUCUUGCUGAGCAAAUGAAUCAGGAGUUUUACCGCAGCCCAUUCUCAUCCAAACAAUUUGCAGCACUUCUUUCACGCAUGUAUAAGAAUGAUCAGGAAGUUGUCAGAGCCAGAAAAUACUGCCACUCUAAUGUCACAAACCCACCAAAUUAUGGACCUGAAUUUGAAAAUAUCAAAACAAAAGAUUAUUUAGAAACGUUGAUCAAUUUUGUGAGUUCGUGGGUCACCCCUCUAUACUUUCUAGUGGAAGAACUGAGUGCCAUGAAAGGCGUCCCUGGAACUAUGUUCUCGAAUGCUCAGGUCAUAGAAGCGAAAAACCUACAAAUCUUGGAUGACCUCAGGUGGAUACUCACCAAGGUCGAUCCUCCUGGAAAGAUGUGGGAAAAAUCUAUCAUCUGGGAAUAUCUUCCAGGCUUAAGAUCCAAGUACAAAAGUAAAAAAUUUUUAGCAAUGUUUAACCUUUCUAACUGCCUACGCAACGAUAUAUUCUACAUUAAAUUUCAUCUCAGAACACUGAAGUGUCGCAUAACUGGGAAAGAUUGCUAA